CGAAUGCAAUUUGGGGCAUAAACUGCUGAAUGCGAGGCAGGGGGUGUUGAUAGGGUUUGAACACUGAGUUGGACACGCGAGGUAGAGAAGUGGAAUUAACAAACCCUGUCCGAAACUAAACGCAGAAAUGUUUUGUUCGAAAGAACUUUUCAUCGUUGUGUCGGUGUUAGUAAUUCACAGUCAUGCCAUUAUCAGGGUUCCUUUACACAAGAUGCGCACGGCAAGGCGCACUAUGAGUGAUAACGGAAUGACGGUCGAGCAACUUUUGGCAUUGGGCAAGGCCAACAGCGAUCUAGCGAAACAGUCAGCCCCAGCGACAACAGUCGCACCUACCUCCGCUCCCACGCCCGCAGAGAAGCUCACGAACUUUAUGGAUGCUCAAUACUUUGGAGAGAUAAGCAUUGGAACCCCACCUCAAGAUUUCAAAGUGCUCUUUGACACAGGCUCCUCAAACCUUUGGGUGCCCUCUAUCCACUGCUCCUUCCUGGAUAUCGCCUGCUGGCUGCACCACCGCUACAACUCCAAGAAGUCCAGCACGUUUGCGAAGAACGGCACCAAGUUUGCCAUCAAGUAUGGCAGAGGCAGCCUGUCCGGUUUCAUCAGUGAGGAUGUGGUCAAUUUGGCAGGUGUGAAUGUGCCAGGGCAGCAGUUCGGAGAGGCAGUGCAGCAGCCUGGCAUUACAUUUGCAGUGGCUCGUUUCGAUGGCGUUUUUGGUAUGGGUUAUCCCACCAUCUCUGUGGAGAAGGUCACCCCUGUAUUUGACCAGAUCAUGGCCAAAAAGCUGAUUCCUCAAAACGUCUUCUCCUUCUACCUGAACAGAAACCCCAAGGCCCCAGUUGGGGGAGAGCUGAUGCUUGGAGGCACAGACAAGCAGUACUACGAUGGUGAGCUGCACUACGUCAACGUCACACGCAAGGCCUACUGGCAGAUUAAGAUGGAUGCGGUUGAUGUCGGCAAUCAGCUGACUCUCUGUAAGGAUGGUUGCCAAGCUAUUGUUGACACGGGAACGUCCCUGAUGGUUGGGCCCACUCAGGAAGUCCGGGCUCUGCACAGAGCCAUUGGGGCUCUGCCCCUGCUGAUGGGAGAGUACUGGAUCGAGUGCAGCAAGAUCCCAACUCUGCCAGUCAUCUCGUUUAACCUGGGAGGAAAACUUUUUAAUCUCACUGGAGAAGAUUACAUCCUACAGGAGUCUCAGAUGGGGGCUAAGAUCUGCCUGUCUGGCUUCAUGGCCAUGGACAUACCGCCCCCUGCUGGCCCUCUGUGGAUUCUCGGAGACGUGUUCAUCGGCCGUUACUACAGCGUGUUUGACCGCGACCACGACCGUGUGGGCUUCGCUCCUGCCAAGUGACCGGAGGGGAAAUAACUCCACGUUUUGAAGGGCCACGUAGCACAGACCAAAAUGAGAGGCCUCAAGUCUAGAACUGGUCUCUUGGAUUCUCUCCCAACCAAAGGAGCAACAGACCUAGGAAGCGAUCUAGCCAUUUCACGUCAAUUCGGGGAUGGAUCCACUUUUAAGUCACCAGCUGUUUGGAAAAGGUUUUUUCUUGCUUUUUAAAACAAGUAUAGCGUUGCAUAGAUUUACAAUAAUGAAAUACUGAAUGAGGGGUACUGGAUACGUUUUUAAUAAGUUUGUUUCAGAAGUACUUUGUGUCUAAUUUUGUUGUGUGUGUAUGAAUGGGCAGUCACUGGGGUGGAUUAAACCAGGAGAUUUUUGUUAAUGAAGCUUAACUUCCUGCUCAGCUUGCUGGGUCUUUUUGUGAAGUAAUGAAUCAACCAAAGAGCACUGAACAAAUGUGAAUGAAUGAACACUGACUACUUCUCUUAUUCCCAUUCUGUCAGAUGGGUGAUUGUUGCAAUAAUCUUCAGGCUUUAAUAAACAAAAUCCCUACAUCUA